AUGUCGGAAAUAUUAUUAAAUAAACGAAAACGAAAUUAUGAAUCAAGUCAAGACGAUGAAGAAAAGGAGAAAUGCUCUUUAUGUAAUAGUAUGUUAAGCAAUAUCGGCAUUAGGAAUAAACAUAUGCAAAAAACCCAUGGUGUGGACAAUAGAAGUAGUGUCCGUUUGGUAAAAUGUCCUUUAUGUGAAGAAGACUUUAAAACGCUCACAAAUGUACGUGAACACAUUUCCAAAGAACAUAAUGUAUCAUUAAUAAAAGAAACUGCAGCGUUUAACUUUCUCCAUGGGCACAGUAAUCAUGUUGUCCAAGCAUCUCAAAUAACAUCGGUAGAUCAAAAAGAAUUAGUUUCCAUUUCGACUCGCUUUACAGCUUUAAUUAAUGCAACAAUAGGAAUCGCCAGCACUGCAAGAGAUGCAGCAAAAUUAAAAGUUGUACAUACCGACUUUGAUCAUGUUUAUUAUGAUGCCUCUUCGAAACCACAAUAA